AUGAAGGUGGGACUCGGGCAACCAGUGGCUAUUGUCCACGGCGUCACGAGAGGGAAAAGUCCAGAAAGCCAGAACGAGGUCUUCACUAGGAGAACGCACGGCGACACCAGGAAGGCAACAAAGAGAUUACUAAGAGAAGAUACUUGGGGAACACAGAGAGUUAACUCAGGGUUGGGUCAGAGUACCAUUACUGGCAAACACUCGGGCGAAAAAGUGCAGAAAACGGUCAAGAGACCGCAGCAGACGGUCAACAGACCGCAGCAGACGAUCAACAGACCGCAGCAGACGGUCAACAGACCGCAGCAGACGAUCAACAGACCGCAGCAGACGAUCAACAGACCGCAGCAGACGAUCAGCAGACCGCAGCAGACGGUCAACAGACCGCAGCAGACGAUCAGCAGACUGCAGCAGACGAUCAACAGACCGCAGCAGACGAUCAACAGACCGCAGCAGACGAUCAACAGACCGCAGCAGACGGUCAGCAGACCGCAGCAGACGAUCAACAGACUCCAGCAGACGAUCAACAGACCGCAGCAGACGGUCAACAGACUGCAGCAGACGGUCAACAGACUGCAGCAGACGAUCAACAGACCGCAGAAGACAGUCAACAGACUGCAGCAGACGAUCAACAGACCGCAGAAGACAGUCAACAGACUCCAGCAGACGAUCAGCAGACUGCAGCAGACGAUCAACAGACUCCAGCAGACGAUCAGCAGACUGCAGCAGACGAUCAGCAGACUGCAGCAGACGAUCAACAGACUGCAGCAGAAGAUCAAGAGACCGCAGCAGACGAUCAACAGACUCCAGCAGACGAUCAGCAGACUGCAGCAGACGGUCAACAGACUGCAGCAGACGAUCAGCAGACUGCAGAGACCUGUCAUCAGUCAGAAAUUUGUCAACAGAUAUCAGAAAACCGUUACCUUCUGGAUCAUGGCAGAAACGCUGAAUCUGUUAAACCUCCAGAACAGGGAGCAUGAGACUGAAAAUAAAAGGCUGUUAAAACUGUACAGUACUGAAACCAAAACCUUUGAAGCCUUCAGGAAUAAUGUAGUGACCAAAGACGAACAUGUUUUCAAAUUACAAAACGAAGUCAAAAACUACAAGCAAACCAUUUUGGAGAAAACCAAGAAGUUGGAAGCAUCUUUGGCUCUGAAAGACGCAGAGGUCAAGAAGAUAAAAAAGGAUAUAACACAGCAGUCUGUAAUUUAUGAGAUCAAAUUACAGGCAGAGAAAUCAGCAUCAAAGAAGGCGAGGUUGGCCAAGGAGAAACUGGAGGAAAAUAUCCAAAAUCUCAAAACAGAAGUUUCUAAAAGUAGAGAGAAACACAAAGACUUCAAGACAAAGAUAUCUGAGCUGGAGUCCAAAGUCCAAGACGAAAAGAAGAAGCUGAAAGACACAAAAAUAUUAAACAAAAGAAACAUUGAGGAAAUAUACCAGAUUGUUGAAAAUCGGAACCGUCGCAUCGAUGAUCUCCGUAUCAAAGCUGAAGCCAGAGACAAAGUUUUAGCUAAACUGCAGAUGAAAAACAAGGAGCUUCAGGGAACCAUAACGUGUUUGGGACAGGAAAUCACCGGUCUGAAACGAGAGAGAGAGAAACUUUUCAAAGAGAUUGAAAAUGAAAAGUCGAAAAGUGGAACGCUGAAAGUCAGUCUGAACGAAAGAGAGGAAAUGAAUCGAAAGUUGGAGGCCGAGUUGGAGGAGGAAAAGGAAAAACAUGACAAACACAAGAAGACGGUUCAAUCAAAAACCCUUGAGCUCCAACUUCUCAGUGAGAAGCACAACACCCUGAAGGCCAGCCACCGCGGCAUCAAGCCGGAGGUCAAUAAAUGCCACCGUCGCAUCAAACAACUGGAGAACAAGAUCAUCUCUAUGCAGUGUGACAUCCAGAGCUGUGUCGACGUGUUUCAUUACCCCAAAAAGUUUUUGCCUUUCUUUAUUCAGCUGAAGGAAAGACAUCUGGACAACAGCGCCGUCAUGGAGGCCGACAGCCACUUCACCGAGUUUCAUCACUACAUCAGGAAGCUCACGCGUAAAUUUGAGGGAACCAUCGCCAGUCAGAAGAGAGACAGGGACAAUCUGUCCAGGAUGCUGUAUAAGUUGGAACGCGCCCCUGUAGAAUUGGCAAGAGCCAACUUGGCUACUGAAAAAUACAACAAAUUAGAGGACGAAAAGCACGAGCUGGAGCUGAAGCUGAGAAACGCAGAGAAGGAGCUUCACGCGCUAAAAUUUUCUCCCAAGCCCAAAGUCGACUGCUGGCUCAACAAGCUUGUCAAACGAAGUAACAAGGUUCACCCAGCAGCAGACUGCAGCCAGACAGAGGAGCUGCCCCCCGCCAGGGCGCCCCCUGCAUUUGAGACGCCCCAAAAGGUUUCCGCAGAGCCAGCCAAGGCUGAAGAAGAUUCACACAAAGCCGUCUCCGACAGCCGCUGUCUGCCGACGCCUGAAACCUCUUCACCGACUCCGGUCCCAGACUUCAUCAACCAUCUGACAGAUGACAUUUAGAUUUGCGGCUGGUUCUGGGGAAGUAACCCUUUAACUGCCAUGAUGGCGUCCUCAUGACUGACUGGGAGUUUGGAGGCUGGUAGUCCAGGGGUAAAAUAAUACCGGCAAUUACAUUUUUGUGAUGUCACAUUUAGAAAAUGUGUUUUUCACCAUGCAGGU